GCGCCCCCGCCUCCUCUCCUCUCCUCACCCUCUCUCGCUCCCUUCCGCUCCCUCUCCCUCUCCGCUUUAAAGUCUCAGCCAGGAUCCAGGCUCACAUGUUACUUCCUGUAUGGAAGAAUGGAAAGCGUCCAGCAGCUCCUGCCUGACUGUUCCUCGCCAGCUUUCCCCGGAGCCCCAACUUCCAGCAGCGGGAUGGACUGAAAGCCGCUUUGGGCAGCCCUACUCUUUGCCGCUGCUAGGAGUCCUCGGUCGCUUGGGCUGGGGAGAGGAUUUCGCUGCUGUUGCCGCCGCCACUGCUCUUAUUGCUGUUUGCAAGAAUGCCUUUUUCCCUCUGGCCUUGCAAGGAGCUGCCCGCAUGAAGAGGAAAGGAGAGUCCGAGCCUAGCCGAGGCGCUCUUUAUCCUCCACCGAUUCCCGGCGCCGUCGCUGCUGUUUUUGCGGGCUAGAGUGAAGUUGUGAGCUCUCGGCUCCCCCACUCCCCCAGCGCUCGCUCUCCAGGCCUGGAGCGGGGCUUCUGCUCCUCUGCUGAACUCUGGGACUCCUUCUCUUUGCACACACGCCGAGAUCCAGGGGACAACUCUGGGGAGGAGAGAGAGGGAGGCUGUGCACGCGCCGAUUUAGUCUUAUUUUCUAAAUAGGGGGAGGCAUUAUUUUUUCUCCAACAAAAAAUUCUCCCUCUUCUCUUUGUUUCGAGCUAAAAGGCAGGAAAGUCUGCAACUUUUGUAAUUUUUCAACAAGUCCCCCCCCCCGCCCGUGUGUGGAAUCCUCCUAAUUUUUUUUUUAAAUAUACUUAAAGAGAACCCCUCUGCUUUUUCGAUGUGCGGCUUUGGACAUGCGGAGGCUACUGCAACCGUGUUGCUGGAUCUUUUUCUUGAAAAUCACCAUCUCCGUGCUCCAUUACGUGGUGUGUUUCCCCGCUUUGACUGAAGGUUAUGAUGGCACACUGCAUGAAAGCAGACAUGGCAGUUCAGUGCAAAUCCGGCGGCGGAAGGCAUCUGGGGAUCUUUAUUGGGCGUACUCAGAAAAUAUCCAUAGGGAUCAAAAUUAGUGCAUAUGGUCCUGAGCACUGGGUUACUUCAAACGUGGAUUGUGGGAGAACUCAUCAGUCUCCUAUAGAUAUCGUAGAUCAUCAGGCACGUGUAGGAGAAGAAUAUCAGGAAAUACACCUGGAUGGUUUUGAUAAUGAAUCCUCUAACAAGACAUGGAUGAAAAAUACUGGGAAAACUGUUGCUAUCCUCCUAAAGGAUGAUUAUUUCAUCAGUGGUGCUGGGCUACCAGGCAGAUUCAAAGCUGAGAAAGUUGAAUUUCACUGGGGUCAGAGUAAUGGAUCAGCUGGCUCAGAGCACAGCAUCAAUGGGAGGAGAUUCCCAGUUGAGAUGCAGAUUUAUUUCUACAAUCCUGAUGACUUUGACAGCUUUGGAACAGCAAUUCAAGAGAAAAGAGUCAUAGGAGCCAUGGCUGUAUUCUUUCAAGUCAAUCAGAGGGACAAUCCAGCACUGGAGCCUAUUAUCCAUGGGUUGAAGGGUGUCGUACAUCAUGAGAAAGAGACCUUUUUGGAUCCAUUUGUGUUAAGAGAUCUCCUGCCAGCAUCCUUGGGAAGUUAUUAUCGGUAUGCAGGAUCCCUGACUACCCCUCCAUGCAGUGAGAUCGUGGAAUGGAUUGUUUUUCACAUGCCUGUUCCUAUUUCUUAUCGCCAGCUGGAGGCAUUCUAUUCCAUAUUUACCACGGAACAGCAAGACCAUGUCAAAUCUGUGGAAUAUUUGAGGAAUAACUUCCGGCCUCAGCAGAGCUUGAACAACAGAGUCAUUUCCAAGUCUGCUGUGAAGGAUGCUUGGAGCCAAGUUACAACCAGCAUCUUUGAAAACCCCCUUGGAACGGAAGCCUCCAAAGUUUGUAGUACUCCUCCGAUCAAUAUGAAAGUGCAACCGGUUAACAGAACAGCUUUGCUGGUGACAUGGAAUCAGCCUGAGAUGAUCUAUCACCCUCCCAUUAUGAACUAUAUGAUUUCCUACAGCUGGACUAAAAAUGAAGAUGAAAAGGAGAAGACCUUCACCAAGGACAGUGACAAGGACCUGAAAGCCAUCAUUAGCCAUGUCUCACCUGACAUCCUUUAUCUGUUCAGAGUUCAAGCAGUUUGCCGAAAUGACAUGCGCAGUGAUUUUAGCCAGACAAUGCUCUUUCAAGCUAACACAACUCGGAUUUUCGAGGGGACCAGAAUAGUAAAAACAGGAGUGAAUAAUGGGCAGAAUGGAGUGUUUGGAAGGAAAAGGAAAUCAAAAGGAAAAAAGAGCCGAGGUAGAAUGUCAGGUACCACUACUGACGCUCUCUCUGCUGUGUUUUCUUCUCUUGUUCCCCCUGGUGAUUUCUUCAAGCCUACAGCUUCUCCUGCACCUUCAGCCGACAUGGCUCCCAUCAGUUCUGGAUCUUCUACUUGGACUUCCUCAGGCCUCCCUUUUUCCUUUGUGUCCAUGGCAACUGGAAUGGGGCCAUCCUCCAGUGGGAGUCAGGCAACAGUGGCCUCUGUGGUCACCAGCACCUUGCUUGCAGGCCUUGGGUUUAGCAGUAGUGGUAUUUCUUCUUUUCCUAGCACUGUUUGGCCAACUCGUCUCCCAACGGCUGCUUCUACCAAUAAACAAUCGGUAAGGCCAGUCGUUGCUACUACUGAGGCUUUAUCUUCUUCAGGGCCAGACAGUGAUGCCUCUCUUACAAAAGAUAAUGAAGGAGCAGAGGAUGGAGAAAAAGAUGAGAAAAGUGAAAGUGAGGAUGGUGAAAGAGAGCAUGAAGAUGAAAGAGAAAAGGAUUCAGAAAAGAAAGAAAAAAGUGCUGUGACAGAGGCUGCUGAAGUCCAGAAUAACACUGAAGCUAUAGACACCAGUGUUGCUCCUAACAGGACUACAGAGGUUGGAAGGAAUAAAACUAUACCUGAUCAAGAGCAAAGCCAAAAUAUUUUCCCAACAGGUAGGACUCCCAGAGGAGAAGAAGUUACAGAAACAGACAUUCAAUCCAAAACAGUCCCUUCCACCCAAGUGCCACCAGCAUUCACACAUGAACAAUAUACUGGACAGAUUUCAAGAAAACCGGAGACAGCAUCAACAACAAAAUACCCAGAAAAUGGAUUUAUUACCAUUAAUCCAGCCGACAAGAAUAUUUCCGGGAUGGCAACCAGACCCACUCCUGGCAAAAUGGAAUGGAUCAUUCCUCUCAUCGUAGUCUCAGCCUUGACUUUUGUGUGCCUCAUACUUCUUAUUGCUGUGCUAGUUUACUGGAGAAAAUGUUUUCAGACAGCUCAUUUCUACGUCGAGGACAGCAGUUCACCUCGAGUGGUGCCAAACGAAAGCAUUCCCAUUAUUCCCAUCCCAGAUGACAUGGAAGCCAUUCCUGUCAAACAGUUUGUUAAGCAUAUCAGUGAGCUGUAUGCCAAUAACCAGCAUGGAUUCUCAGAAGACUUUGAGGAAGUGCAACGUUGUACAGCCGACAUGAACAUCACUGCCGAACAUUCCAAUCACCCUGACAACAAGCACAAAAACAGAUACAUCAACAUUUUAGCAUAUGAUCACAGUCGAGUGAAGCUAAGACCUUUACCAGGAAAAGACUCUAAGCACAGUGACUACAUUAAUGCCAAUUAUGUUGAUGGUUACAACAAAGCAAAAGCCUACAUUGCCACCCAGGGACCUUUAAAGUCAACAUUUGAAGACUUCUGGAGAAUGAUUUGGGAACAAAACACUGGAAUUAUCGUCAUGAUUACAAACCUGGUGGAAAAAGGAAGAAGAAAAUGUGACCAAUACUGGCCAACAGAAAAUAGUGAAGAAUAUGGCCAUAUUAUGGUCACAUUGAAGAGCACAAAAGUACAUGCUUGCUACACAGUCCGCCGCUUCAUGGUCAGGAACGCAAAAAUGAAAAAGGGGAACCCUAAAGGACGCCAAAAUGAAAGGACAGUCAUUCAGUACCACUACACGCAGUGGCCCGACAUGGGUGUGCCUGAAUAUGCCCUGCCAGUGCUAACAUUUGUGAGAAGAUCAUCUGCAGCCAGGACUCCUGAGAUGGGCCCAGUGGUUGUGCAUUGCAGUGCUGGUGUUGGCAGGACUGGCACUUACAUAGUUAUAGACAGUAUGCUGCAACAGAUAAAAGACAAAAGCACAGUUAAUGCCCUGGGUUUCCUGAAACACAUUAGGACACAGCGCAACUACCUCGUCCAGACAGAGGAACAGUACGUCUUUAUUCAUGAUGCCUUGUUGGAAGCCAUUCUUGGGAAGGAGACUGAAGUUUCUGCCAUCCAGCUACAUAGCUAUGUUAACAGCAUUCUAAUACCUGCAAUUGGAGGCAAGACCCGGCUAGAGAAACAAUUCAAGUUGGUUAUGCAGUGCAAUGCAAAAUACGUGGAGUGCUUCAGUGCUCAGAAGGACUGCAACAAAGAAAAGAACAGGAAUUCAUCAGUAGUGCCAUCUGAACGAGCAAGGGUGGGAUUGGCACCUUUACCUGGAAUGAAGGGAACUGAUUACAUUAAUGCCUCUUAUAUCAUGGGUUAUUACCGGAGCAAUGAGUUCAUCAUAACACAGCAUCCCCUGCCACACACAACUAAAGAUUUCUGGCGAAUGAUCUGGGAUCACAAUGCACAGAUCAUUGUCAUGCUUCCAGACAACCAGAGCUUGGCAGAGGACGAGUUUGUAUACUGGCCAAGUCGGGAAGAAUCCAUGAACUGUGAGGCCUUUACUGUGACCCUUAUCAGCAAAGACAGGCUGUGUCUCUCUAAUGAGGAACAGAUCAUCAUCCAUGACUUUAUCCUUGAGGCAACCCAGGAUGACUACGUUUUAGAAGUACGCCAUUUUCAGUGUCCCAAAUGGCCAAACCCAGACGCCCCAAUCAGCAGUACCUUUGAACUUAUCAAUGUAAUCAAGGAAGAGGCCUUAACAAGAGAUGGCCCCACCAUUGUUCAUGAUGAGUAUGGAGCAGUGGCGGCUGGAACGUUAUGUGCCCUUACCACCCUGUCCCAACAGCUGGAGAAUGAAAAUGCUGUGGAUGUUUUCCAGGUGGCAAAGAUGAUCAAUCUGAUGAGGCCUGGAGUAUUUACAGACAUUGACCAGUACCAGUUUCUUUACAAAGCAAUGCUAAGCCUAGUCAGCACUAAGGAAAAUGGAAACGGCCCUAUGGCACUGGACAAAAAUGGUGCUGUUAUGGCCAGCGACGAAUCAGAUCCUGCAGAAAGCAUGGAAUCUCUUGUCUAAUUGGAAUAUUGAAAAGGCACUUAAUUUGUGGAAUUCCUGAAGACUGAGUGAACUUUUUGAGGCCUUUUUUGCCAGACUCUAGGUUAUACAAUAACCCAAUUACUUUUUUACACUGAUAAAAGUUUUGAUAUUUAUUUUUGCCAUUUUAUGUCUUAAUGGUAUCCUACUGAGCAUUUGCACCUCUGUUUAUUUCACACAGUGAAAACGCAAUUUUAUCUAGUUUGCACUAUAUGAUCAGUGUUAACUGCCUAUAAAGUUGUAAUACAGAAGCAAGCAAGCAAACCCUGAUGUGACAUUCCAUGACAACAAACAUGUUACUUUUUCGUUGUAAUGCCAUGAAGUUUUGAUAAUUAUCAUGAGCCUUGAUUCUAAAGUCUUGAAUGCUAACUAGAAGGAUUCUUUUUGAUUUACAAGAAAUGCUGUACCUUCACAUAGUCCAAUAUUUAUUGUUUAAUUUUCAUAUAACUUUGGUAAUUGUUAUAGGUUGUCUGUAUUCUGGUAACAUGGAUGAGUGUUAGGUUUUGUUUUGUUUUUUUGUUUUCUUUUGUUUUUCAGACAACGUGGUGGGGUGAUCACUACCAACACUGAACUGCAGAAGCUUAGUUGCUCUGCACUGUUUUGGAUUCCUCAUUUAGUCCACCUGGAAGCCUAUGAAUUGCUUCCCAUGGAACACAAAGAAUUAUGUUCCCAAAACUAACAAUUCAGAUCUGAGCUACAAUCUCAGACUUUGGCUUAUAGAUUCCCCAACUGGUCUUAAUAACAUUUUCAUUUUUUAUUUGCAACAACAAUGUAGGAAAAUAUUUUGAUCAUAUUUCCACCACAGAUAGCUUGGUAACUAACAGUGCAGCAACCUACAAUCUGGUAUUUUUAUAGCAAAAGCAUUUAGGUAGCAAUAGCGCCAGCUGUUAUACUACUCAGCAUUUUAAACGCAUAUUAUUUCUUUAAUUCUUCUGGAACAGGACCUCUAUCUUAACAGUAUGUUACAUGAUGGAGAAAGAACUUUCUUAAUUUCAUAGCUGAUAGAUGCAGUUUUUACAGGUGUGUGAUUUUCAUACUUUAGUGCUAAAACAUACUGAUCCAUAUUACUGGUGAAGUGAUCUAAUAAAAGAAACUACCUAUAAGAUUACACUCUUCCUCUUUUUAUUUUAACCAAAUUAUUUAGUAUACACCUGAUAUCAUAGAUUCAUAUCCAUAUGCUAUACAUUGUACUUAUAUUAUCCCUGCUUAACUCAAGACAGCCAAUUAAAACCCAAGAAAAAUACCAUUUCUGCUCACUAUAGCUUAACCAUUUAAGUCUGUUUCAAAUGACUUAAUCUGCUCUGUUUCCCAAACCACUUUCUGAGUGGCUCAGUUAAAUGAGGAUCAUUCCCCUUACUCUGCUCUUUUAUUUAUACAGUUAAAAUGGAAAAUGAAUUAUGUUAUGAUGAGGUGUUUGGUUACAUUGCCAAAGACAUCUACAAUCAUAAAUUUGUUUUUACUGUAAAUAAGCAGUAAAUGCCCAACCAAGCGAGAUUACAAAAUUGACCUUGCUGUGGGCAAGUAAAACUCAAUAUAAUUGGCACCACUAGUUUUAAUAGCUGAGAUGCAUAAUUCUCACAUUAUGGUUGCCUAAAUUAGUCCAAUAUAAGCAGCAGAUGCUCUAACUUUCUCCAUGAAUCAAUUUGUUUAAAAAAAGAUCCUCCUUUGUCUGAAUUCACAUUACUAUAUGCCUCCAGUUCAAUGUAGUGCAAAGGCAAGGACGUACUUACUUAUAAAAAUACAGGAUGUUUCACUAUGGAGUGAAAGAUUUUAGCUCCCCCUACCUAAUGGCGCUACUACUCAUCAAGUAGUAACUGCUAGUGUAAGAAAUUGCUGAGCUUGUGUGUGAGGGAAUCAUGUUGAUCCUAGCCACUGGCCCAAUUCUUGUGUAGGCAUUAACCUGGCAUCUGAGCUGUAUCAGUGCAGAUUGUAUAUGAGGACUCGUCUGACUCCUCCAUACCAAAAUAAAACUAUCUGGCCAUAGAAAACCAAAUGUCAGGGAGAAAGGUUCCAGGCCGCCUAGCCUUCUUCCUGACAUCUAGCUUUUUUUGUGCAGGACAUCUUUUUCCAUCAUGUGAGCCUGCACCUGCAACUGAAGUUGUAUAGCCCAGAUACAAACCCAUUGCCUCAGUGACAACUUUGGCCACUGUGAGUCCUCCCUUGACCCCACCCUACCCCACUAGUUCCUUGAAACAAAGCCACUGAAAUUCACAAUAUUUUGUAGGGACUGAAAGUUACCGGGACUUAUGGAAUUAUUUCCAUUGAACAGGCCGUACUAGUGCUACAAAAAUACUCUGUAAUAUUACAGGAGUCUCUAUGCAAAUAUUUGGUAUAUACUAGUCAUUGCAAUGUACAACCAGCUUUAUACUGCAGUCUCACUAGACACCUGCGGGGCAAAAACAUUUCUUUCUUUAAACACUAAUUUCAAUUGUUUCCCUGCAAAAUUAGAUAUGUAUGAGAAAAUAAAUUAGGCAUUACUUAUUUAUUCAAAAUAAAAUGUACACAUAUUUAGGGAAAGCUGAUGUAAAUGGCCAGGACUCUAUUAACAUAAAAAUGGAGCUCUGCCAUCUUGUAUCUCUCACAGAUACGGCCUCUGUUUUAAUCAAUUUCUUCAUGCAAAUAAAUCUGGUUUAAAAUCAGACAACCACACAUUUGAAACACUUCAGGUAAUCUGGAUGAUUAGAUACCUUCAGAAGAAGAACUCAAAACUGUGGCUUGUGACUUUUAGCACAGGAGCUGAUGCACAUAUAUUUGUCUCCUAUUCCCCCCACAAUAAGAUUCACCUACCAUAUUUUUUUUUAAACAAAUGUAUGUUUCUUAUAAUACAGUACUAUCACCUAAAAUUGAAUGCCCUUCUAAAAGAAUAUGAACAGAUUCAACGCAGCAGGGACAUUGUCCAGCAAAGUGACAACUGUUUUAAAAUGCAUUGCCUAAGCUGCUGCUUGUUACUGUCAUCACACAAUUAAGUGCCUCUCUCACAUUUUAAAUUUGUGCCCUACAAAAUAAGCAGUUAAUAUUAAUAAUGUGGCAUUCGGGAAAACAUGGUAAAACAUCACAAGAAGAUCCUGCUGCAUCAUCUUUUGGCAAUUCCUUUGCUCAGAAGGAGCUUCCCUUGAUAUCAAGGUGAAUGUUCCAUGUUUUUAUCAGAAGCAUGACAUGGACUCUAGAGCUGCUGGUUGAGGGCGCCCAAUAGACUACAUUAAGGAAGGUCUGUCAGAGAGCAGGUCAAUUAGUCCAUUGCUGCAUUGUGUAAGAAAUAAGAUUCACUUUUUCAAGAAGCUGUACUCCACCAAAAAAAACCCACAACCACCACCCCCAUUUCAGGUUGUGUCAUCCGUACUGUUUCUGCUAUGAGUGAGGCACACUGCUUGCACUGGCAUCAGGGACUGCAGUGCUCCUAUUGCUGGCAAUGGGCACUGCUUCAGGAAAUUACAACUUUUGAGCAUGAGAUGGAUUUUGAUCACUUUACAUCUGAAAUUUUAUGGCAAGAUAUGACUAGUUCAUGAAGUAAAAGAGGUGUUUGGUUUUAUUUUUUUCCCCAAGUUUAGUUGAAUAUGUUGGUAAUUUUUCAUUUCCAUCUGGUUUUGUGGAGAGGAUGCUACAGAGGAAAAUGAACAUGUUUGUGACAAGACUGCCUGGCUACACUUAAGCCACUUCCUUUAAAAUUUGCACCAAGUUGUGCAAGUGUGUGUUUGUGUGAGGAUUUUAAGUCAUUAGACUAGUGUAACUGAAGUAUGGCUGUUUGCAAAGAUAUUGCCAUUUGAACAGAUAUUUCUGUAUUUCUUUCAUAAUUGCAUAGGACUCAGGCUGCUGGUGUAUAACUUCAAUCUAACCACUUUCCUCUUCAUUCUUUCACAUGGGAGUCAAGCUAUAUGUUCAUGUUGUAGACAGAGCAGAUAAAAUAGAACACGUGUUUAGAGAGAAGGGUGUGCUGUUCAAUGUCAAGUUCAAACAUGAGUUUUGUAGGAUAAAUUCGAGCUGCCAUUUUGAGGUUCAAAUUCUCUGCUUCAGAACCCGCAAAUUUGGAGCCUCAGUGUAGCAGCUUGAAUUUAUCCUAUAGAAUUCAUAUUUGGAUUUUACCUUUUAAUAUAUAUUCACUCCAAUGUACAGGAAGUUAGUAAUGGCAUAUGACAACUUGAGUCCUGUUCAUUUCAAUAGAACUUAGGCACAAUCUGGAUCUGGGGCCUUAUGGAUGCUCUAAAAUAAACUGCUCUUUCCCCUAUUAUUUAUUUUUACAUUUUAACUUUGCUGUUCAGUCACUCAAGGCAGAUGGCUCUUGUACCUGUUUAUCACAGGGGUAUUGUAGUGCUGCUUAUCAGUGGAAACUCUAAAUUUAUAUGAACAGAGAUUAAUGGUCUCAGGUCUCUGAUGAUCUACUGUCCCCAUUCUUUCUUGCUGGAGUCAUCCUGUAUACUUUAUUGGGGGCGGGCGGGGUGCGACCUGACUCAUCCUUGUGAUGAUAUCUGAAUUUUGGAUAAGCUGUAAACGUGAGUUUUUUCCAAUUUUCAACAUUCUAAAAGAACUACACAUCUCAAAGAUUGGUAUAAUACAAGCUUACAUACUGUGCAGAUGGAUGGUAAGGUACAUCACCUGCACAGCUGCAAGAAUGCAUUCAACAGCCUUUGCUGCUGCAUUGACAGGUCUGUUCCAUUUGUACAAACUACUGCACAAUCACAGCUGGCACAAAGACUUCCAUUACUCCCAACAGAAGUAUCUGUGCAUCCUACAAUUGUCCAGAAGUUUGUAGGAAAAGAACAAACUCACCUCUGCAACAGUGCAGGUCUGUUUUCUACAACUUAACAGCAGUGCAGGCAGGAUCUGUUCUAUCCUUCAUUCUCUGUGCAGUACAUAAGCCAUGGCUUUUAAUCACAUGUACUCUGGAAACGAAUGGAAGAUGAAACUGGUAAAAUAUUGCUUCCCUGUGUACUUGAGAGCUCACUCACAGGCCCAUCAAAAUCAGUACAAUGUGUUUAUGUCCUGAACCCUCAGCUAAAUCAAAAGACAAAAAAAAAUUAACUAUUAAAAAUAUCUCCAGUCAAUGGUAUUUCCAGACUAUAGUCUUAGUCCUACAAAUACAUACUUUACUUUGUACUUUUUGGUAUGACUGUUAAUAUGGUAAGUCAUUUUGCAUAGAUUAAAUUCAUCACACAUGAGUAAUGCAGGAGCAAAACCAAUUUUUUUAUUCUAAACAAGAAUUAAUCCUUCAGCAAUUCAGAUUGCGGGUUUGUUUUUAACUACAAAUGAGGAAAGAGGUGGGUUUUUUUCUCUGUGUGCAUGCAAACGCAUACAUACAAGAAAAACUUUUAGGAUCCAUUCUUUAGAUUAUAAUCAAAUGGGCGAGGUUUUGCUUCUUCAGAAUUCUGGAUGAUUUCUUUAAAUCCAUGGGGGUAUAUUGGAACUCUACCAAAAUACUGUCCCUUUUUAAUGACAUAGCACAAUGACCUUGUUAUGAAUAUCUGUUUUCUUGUAAAUUGCUGUUUUAUUUUAAAAUAGAGAUAACAAUUUUACCAAAGAAAAAUACUAAUUUUUAGCAAAAACAAUGGAAAAAUUAAAGAAAAAUAAGAAGAAAAGUGUAGUUGUCUUAAUGACUUAGCAGUCAUGCUCUCAAAUUCAUUAUCUUCUGUCACAUACUCCUCUGAUAAAUGGUUAUGUUAAAAUAGUGCCAGUGAAUUUUAUAUGAAGAGGAAAUGUGCCUCGUUGUUUAUCCACUGCAUUUCAUUUCUGUUCUCUCUCUCUCUCUCAAAUUUAAUUCUCCACUCUUGUGAGUCCUUUGAGUUUCCUCUCUUGGUUGCCAUCAUAAGCAAUGUAUACUACAUUGGCUUUGGUCACCUGGAUAGGAAAGGUGUGCAGAACGAACACAGAGAGACAGAGCGAAUGUAAAGAAACUAUAUUGAAAAGACUUGGCCUCAACAUUGUCUUAGCUGUUCAACUGUUUUUAGUAUUUUUGUUAAAUAUUUGCAAAGGGAAGCCUUUUCUACAGAGGAUAAUUAAUUUCAAGAAAAAUGUCUUGAGUUUUAAAAAUAAACAUGUCUCCAAAAGAGGAGACAGUCAAUUUUAUAAAAUGUCACAGCUCUCCAACAUUUGGGGUAGUGACCUUUUUUCUUUUGUUAGAGCCUUUGAAACUAGCAAGCAGCCAUUGUUUCUAAAGAACUAAGUAUUCAUCUCUAUCCAUUCUUUUCAUUUUUUCAUUUUUAAAUAGCAUAAAUCAUUAAAACUGUAAAUAUUUUGUUGCUUGAAUAAGCAUCUUCUGGGAACUUUGUAUCUAUGGUAUAUAAUCAUAGAAUUUUAUAUUUUCAUAUAAAGCUAAUUUUUUUCUAGUUUCAACUUCUUCAUAGUUUUUUCCUUUUGUGGUGGAUAUGUGAAUGCAUACUUUCUGUGUAUUGAAGUAGUGAAAUACCAUCACAUUCCAAAAAGAAUUCAACACAUGUUAUUUCUUUGGGACAGUGAUUGUUGAUGCUGGAUUUUCUUUAAAUUCCAUUGUCAGUGUGUGCAAUAGGAAUUAGACUUAGCCAGUCACUUGAUAAGUUUGUCUCAUUGACCCAUUGGGAAAAAUGUGGUGUUUGGUUUGGGGGGAGUUAUUAAUUUUUUUUUGUUUUUCCUUUUUGUAACUUGAAGAAUUUCUUUUUUGUUAUGUUUAAAAGUAUAUCAAAUCAUUCUAUUAUAGUGUUAUUUAAUAUGUAAAUUGUAUUGCUAUACAUAAAAUAAAGUAUGGUUUUUGAUGUA